UUGUGCUUUCAACUUUCAAGUGCUUUGCUUCGGCAAUCAUGAACUCCAUCAAGCUGUUUUUUAUGCUUAUAUUUUUGGCUUCGGCUUUAGUGGGUGGCGCCAGUUCAAAGGGAUGCCAGUUCCCAGCUAUAUAUAACUUCGGGGACUCAAAUUCAGACACUGGAGGAAUUUCUGCGGCAAUGUCACUACUUAAUCCUCCAAAUGGUGAAACUUUCUUUGGACAUCCUGCUGGAAGAUUUUGUGACGGUCGUCUUAUCAUAGAUUUUAUUGCUGAGAAUUUGAAGUUGCCAUACCUGAGCGCGUACCUGGACUCAAUUGGGACAAAUUUCAGGCAUGGUGCUAAUUUUGCAACCGGAGGUUCAUCUAUUCGACUUGGUGGUUACAGCCCUUUUCAUCUUGCCAUUCAAAUUUCUCAAUUCAUACAAUUCAAGUCUCGCACCAUGGCUCUCUAUAAUAAACUUAGCUCCAACAGAACAACCUCACCAUUGAAGGGCAAUCUUCCAAGGCCGAGCGACUUCUCCAAGGCAUUAUAUACAAUUGAUAUUGGACAGAAUGAUCUUGGCUAUGGUUUUCAACACACGGAUGAGGAACAAGUUCGAGCUUCAAUUCCUGACAUUUUGAACCAGUUUUCCCAAGCAGUGCAUCAAUUAUAUAAGGAAGGGGCAAGGUUCUUUUGGAUACAUAACACAGGACCAAUUGGGUGCUUGCCUUAUAGUGUUAUAUAUGACAAAUUAAAGCCUAAUAAUCUGGAUCAAAGUGGGUGUGUCAAGCCUCAAAAUGAGAUGGCUCAAGAGUUCAACAGGCAACUUAAGAGCAAGAUAUCCCAGCUGAGGGGUCAACUUCCUCAUGCGGCAAUCACAUAUGUCGAUGUAUAUUCAGUAAAAUAUGCCCUCAUUAGCAAUGCCAAGAACCAAGGUUUUGUUGAGCCAAUAAAUUUCUGCUGUGGUAGUUUCUACGGUUACCAUAUUGAUUGCGGGAAGAAGGCCAUAGUGAAUGGAACAGUUUAUGGUAACCCGUGUCAUCAUCCCUCAAGGCACAUUAGCUGGGAUGGCAUACACUACUCACAGGCAGCCAAUCUCUGGGUUGCUAGUCGCAUUCUCAACGGCUCCUUCUCCGACCCACCACUUUCAAUCGACCAAGUUUGCCUUCAUGCGGGGAAGAUGUGAUCAUCAGACAAAGGAUUAAUUUACUUUUCAUAUUAUGACUGCAGUAAUUAAGUAUUUGUAAUGAGAAAAGUUUUAGUUUUGCUUUUUCCUUCCAAAUCUUCUGGUCUAUCAUAUUAAAU